UCUUCAAUUUUUAUACCUUUCUACUUUCUAUUUUUAGAAGGGCCUUUAUUGAGGGUAUGUUCAAGAGAACUUUGGAGGAAACGUCUUCAAGGCCGGAAGUUCUUGCACUCCCAUGCUCCGGUAAGGUCGACGCGAGACUCUGAAGGGUCCCAAAGAUAGGGGUCACUUAUGGAUGCAUUCGUUCGAGCACACGCAUAUUCCGUCCGUUCCCCCAUAUGAAAGCAAACACCUGUCCGCGGUAGGGUUCAGACGUUUCUGUUGGUCGUCGCGGUCCCCCCUUCCUGACAAGGGGGAGCCAGCCAACUUCCCGAGUGCCGCUGGACUGCCUUACUCAACGGCUCCGUUUUGCAGUAAAGAGUUCUAUAUCCCUACAGCGCGGUCGUAGCUAAGUUUGAUCCGAUAGAUCCAGGUCGAUCAUGAUAAUGUACGGAGUGUAAAGUGCAACGUAUACGGUGCAUUAUAGCAAGUAUAGUCAGAGACAGAUUCUCUACUAGAAUAUUAUAAUAUCAAAGAUAAAAUUACAAAUACCACGUCAACAAAAGAAAAACUUGAGGAACUUUAAAAAAUAAAAAUAGAUCUUUAGAAUUGUGAAAAAUUAAGCAAUGUUCUAAAAAUGAAUUUUAAUUUACCUCAAAAUAUGAUGAUCAAGAAAUAAAUCGUAAAUAAAAGAUUUGUCAGUAUUGCAAAUUCUUUGCAGAGAUAAUAAAAUCAUAUUCGCAUUAAUAAAAUUUCGUUGAACAAGAGUUGACUAAUAUAUUUAUAUUUAUGACAUAAAGUUUAAGAAUUUUGUGCUACAUUGUGAGUGUGAAUAAGUGAGUUAAGGGUGACGCCGAUCGAUAAAGGCUAUUGAGAGUGUAAGUCGUUUACGCUUUUCGUUGUAAAGGACGGUGACUAAUUGAGUGUGUGUGAAUCGAGAGAAGAUUAACAAUCUAAUGGAUUUAUGGCGCUAAUAAAAAACUGGUGUUGCGAGAAGGAUCUUUCGGUUUCGUGAACGAAGUCAAACCGUACAUAUAUGGACAAAGGGCUUCUUUCAGGUGCAUUUUGUGAUGCAUCGGACGGAGGAAUCGGUGGACGAUGAUCUUGUAUUGCCAUGGGACGAAACGUAUUGAGGAUCUUAUUGCUCCUCUGUUGCAUGCUGCAGACAUACGUCGGACAACUAACUCGAGACACGCGAUGCUUCCUGGAGAACGGAGCCACCGCGGCGCAUCUCUUUGUCAGCGAAGACCUACCUGUCGGCGAUACCGUAGGAAUCCUCGGGGUGCGGGGUGAUCCCAGUUUGCAGGGUGACAUCGAGCUGAGUCUGCAAGAGCAUGACAGUCCCGUCACGUUUUCGUCGUAUUCAAAAAAUUUGACUCUCAUCAGACCGCUCGACAAAGAGGGUGUCGAAGGACCAGCCAGCGUCUUCAUCAACGUCAUCUGCGAAAGAAAGCACACCUUGGACCCGGGAUUCGUUAUACCAGUGAACAUUCGCGUAACCGAUGCGAAUGACAACACGCCGCAAUUUGUGAAUGCACCUUAUGUACUGAAUAUUUCUGAGGUUACCGUUAUCGGCACGAGAGUUUUACAAGGAGUCCGAGCUAUCGAUGCUGAUCAACCAGGACCAUUUUCCACUGUGCAAUAUACAGUUCUACCAGGACCUCAUUCGGAUUAUUUUGUCUUCCUAAAUGCCUUGGAGGGAAAUCUUGUCCUAAGGAAAUUGUUGGAUUAUGAAACUCUUACCAAUUUCUCUGUUGACAUCCGUGCCCAGGAUCAAGGUGAUCCGCCACGAUCAUCAACGACGACAUUAUACGUCAAUGUUAUCGACGCCGACGAUCAGAAUCCAGCUUUCUUAAACGAUCAAUAUAAAGUUACCGUACCUCGUUACAUAAAAGGAAGGAAAACAUUAAAAGUGACACCUGCUGCGAUAAAAGCCGUCGAUCAAGAUGUUGGCAUAAAUGCGCCAGUUCGAUACACAAUUCAAGGAGGGAUCUUACCUUUCCUGGACUUGAACUUCGAGACUGGUGAAAUCGUCAUGAUACGAUCGUUGCAGGAUCAUGAAUUAAUAUCGCCAGCGACUAUUGUCAUUAAAGCUACCCAAGUCGAUAAUCCGGACAGAUAUGCUCUUGCCACCGUUGUUGUAUCGCGAGAAGAUGCGUACGCAGUUGGUCCAACAGCAGGUGGCCGAUUGCCCGUAAAAUUCGUAUCAAAAGAUCAUCAAACGAGUGUACCGGAGGACACGCCACCCGGUAGCGUUCUUUUAACAACAGGAGUCAAUAAGGCUGAUUCGAAUUUAAGAUUCUGGCUGAUGGGCGCGCUGGAAGACUUGGAGAGAUUCUCGAUCACCAACUCUGGCGAAUUGAUCCUCAAAGGCAACCUGGAUUACGAACGACGGAUCCAACACAGCUUCUUAGUUCAUGUUACAGACGGAUAUCACAAUGAUACAUCACGCGUGAACGUUUCGGUUGAGGAUGUGAACGAAUGGGAACCUCGGUUCCGGCAUCCCCGAUAUGAAUUUCACGCUCAUUCCGCGAGAGAAGGCUCCGUCAUCGGAAAGUUGGAGGCAGCUGAUGGCGACAGAGGCGAUAAAGUCAGCUUGUCUCUUAGAGGACCAGAUGCUAGAUCUUUCGAGAUUAGAGAUAACGGGGAAUUGGUACUGAGAUCGCCAGGUCCGUUUAACGGGUCUCUGGCUCGGUUGGUUGCCGUAGCUUCCGACACCGGAAAGCCGCCCAGGUCCAGCAUGAUUCCGGUGAUCGUCCAUAUACCAAACAGCGGCACGUUGCCGAUCGCCGCGAGAGCCGCACCCGCUUGGCUCGGCAGCAGCGUGCUGUUGGUCGCUAUUUUCGCUGCGGUUUUGGGUCUGCUCGGGGUUGUUAUACUCAUUCUCAUCCUUUACAUUUACAAGCACAAAAGGCCAAAGAGCGGUGGAUCAGUCAGUUCCGUGGGAACAGGAUAUCGCGAGAAAUCACCAGUGCCUUCAGCCCUGAGCCCGACGCCGCAGGUGUUAGGCGCCAAUGUUCUCCAGGACGCAUUGGAAAUACCACGAAAUCGACAUCACGACAGCGACGAUAAUGAGACCGAUAAUACCGAUGGCCGUAACAACAUCGACAAUCCUGUCUUUGGGGAAUCCAACGAGAGCUCAUAUGGUGCUACGAUCAAAAGUAUAGCAUCAGCGAGGCAAUUACCAUUGUACGCCAGGCACAAAGUGGCGCCUGCCCCGAAUCCGCCAGCCUUGUCAGCCACCUCAAACAUCCCGAACAUCGGCGGACUAGUACAAAAUAUGAACGAUUUGAGUGCUAGGACCAAUCUGGACGCUGGAUCCCACAAUUCCUCCAAUUAUUCGGGAGAUCCUCCAGACUCUCUGGCACCGGCGUGGCCUACUAGUUCAGCCAUACCGAGAAUUAAGAAGCUAUCCUGGGACGACGACGACAGGACCGUGGACAGCGUCGAGGUAGCGGCAGAAACGCGAACCGGAGACAAUCAAGCUGGCAACGAGAGACUAAAUCUCACAGUGUAUUUUUAACAAUCGAUUAUUUUGUGAAUGCAACGAAUCCCCCCGUCUCGUCAGCGGAAGACGACUUCUUCGCCCACAGCUCAAUUCAAUAAAGUCUCGUUUGAUGCUGGAAUUCUGUGAAUGAACGUUAGAUGCAUCGCAAUGCGCGACGUGACCUUACACACGUAUUCGGUCCACGAAACAUCUGUGUUAUCCUGUGCAACAUAGCGUUAACUUGCGUCAUUCUGAGCAGAUUAUGUUCGUUAUCCGCUCGUUGCGACAUCGGCCUUCAAAUUGUAGGAAGUAAUUAUCGGAAAUUGCUGAAACCGAACAAUAGGAAUGUUGCGAAAAAAACGAAUAAAUUGAGUAGAAUUUACUUAAAUACUAAGAUGAAAAGAAGAAAAGAAGAUACCAAGAGCCGAGAAACAAUGUCAGCUAUGGAACAGCCGGUAAACAUUUUACCGGCAACUAGGAAAACAUAAUGAAGUAUUUUUUGUAAUUAUAUUAUCAAUACAUAUUGAGACUCUCAUAUAGUUACCGUAUAUUUUAUUUCCUCGUUAAAACUAAUAAGUGACAUUUCAUUUUAACAUAUCGAAUAUCACAUUGUUAUUUUAUAUACUAUUUAAAUUAUUGUAUCAAUACAAAUCUGUAAAUUG